UGAACUGCAUUUACCACAAUGCAUUGCGCUGGACCUUAGCAGGAGAGCCAGCAACAUGCACCAGGCGGGAGAAGGGUCCGAACUAUACUGAACAUCUUCCUGGACUUACCUACAUAUGGGGAAUUAUAACUGUCUAUGUCUUCUGCAACAUAAACAUGUCCGAAAAUCAAGGGAACCCACGAACCAUGUCAGAGUACUACUCGCCAACGGGUAAAGUGAAGGACUAUCUGGGUUGUCCAAUGCAGCAGUACUCUCCCUCCCAGCUACCCUAUUUCCAGGAGUCCCCCAUGAAACCCUCUCAGGUUCAAAACCGCCUCUCAUUAUCAGUACAAAAGAGGAUGUCGCCUCGGCAAAGCCAUAAGUCUCUUACCCCAGCCAACACUCGAACUAUAGAUUCACUCUCCUCUCCAAAAGUGGCCAAACCAGCGGAAAAUUUUCAGAACAAUGCUUUCCGAGUACAGAAACAAACUGCACAAACUUCUUCAAGUUUGAAGUUACAUCCCGCUCGGAGCAACUGUUCGUUACUGAAGAGGUGCAGUGACUCUGAAGUAAUCGACAGCAGCCUGAAAAAACCAUGCCUCCAAAAUUCAAUACCAGGCCCAGUUCAGAACCCAAAAUGCGUCGCUAGCCAAUCCCAGUGCCUGUCAGCGUUGUCAAGCUCCUCGCCAAGCGCCUUGAUAAGGUUGGAGCUGUCACCGGAGAAAACAAACACGAAUCUCGCCAAAGAAGCGGCUAGUAGCCCGUCGGUACACUCGAUGAUGCUGCCGCAAUUGAACCCCCCAUCGUCGCCUGACUCUGAUAUUAUGCCUCCGUCCAAUUCGCCCGGGUUCCCAGGGGUGAGGAAAGCCCACAUGGUGAAAGUCACAGAGGAUUAUGUGUAUUUACGUUCCCCAAUCAAAUCUUCUUUUGAACAACGCUUGAGGAUGCUGAUACAGACAAAGAAAAGAGAAGGUGUCAGAAGCCCAUGUCAUCGGCUUCAACGGGAGAACAACAGCGCAACUGUGCAGGACAGCAGCAUCAACAGUAGUGGCCGUCUGGAAAGCCACCAGAUAGGCUGUUCUCAGCAAACUAUCCCCCCACAGGUAAAGCUGCCCUGUAAGGAUGAGAAAUCAGGAGAAAGUACCACAGAGGAGAUUGGUGACGAGUGUAGGGCUCCAAAACAAACCUCCAAAUCCACUUCUACUGGGCCACUGGGCGGUAACACGGGGCAAAAUAAAUCCAUGAGCAGGAGAGCCUCUGUAAUACCUGAUGACAUAGCUGACCUUUUCACCCCCGACCCCUUGAUCUACGUCUCAAACCCUAAGCAUAAAGCAGUAGUACUAUCCACGGCAGAGCAGGAAAAACUGGGCCCCAACUCCACGGAGGGUGACUGUGUUCCAGACUCGGCGGAAGCCGCCUCCUGUACCCCCUCAGCUGAAUCUCCUUCUCAGCAAAAACAGCAUUCCACUGGCACAAAUUGUGCACGUCUAACUGCCUCUGUCAAUGUGAAGGAUGCCAAAUAUACGUCUUGCCCUAAACUACCCAUACUCGUUAUUCAAUUGGAAAGGUUGAAUAUGGAUUUGCCCCUCAACUCAAUAUCACUAGCAGGUGGACUAAAACUCCCAGUUUCUUUACCGAAUAAGCAGCUCAAUAAACACAACAGUGAACCGGUGGAGGUGCAUAAAACUCCUCUCAACCCAGAGAAUCGGACAUCAGCCACGGGGGACGCGUUACCCGCAGUGGAGGGUUCUUCUUCCAAAGACCCUUCGUCCUCCGCACGUCCGUCCACAAAGGAAGACGCCGAUCAUGGUGGGACGAUAGUGGUCAAAGACGACGAGGAACCGGGCUUUGACCUCUUCUUCGGAGUGGAUCCAGAUGAAGCACAGAGCAGUGAAGAGGAGCCGAUUCCCACCAUGAAGGAGAUGCUGCAGAUCGUGGCUGAACAGCCGGACAUGCCGGAGAAUAAGGCCUUACCGGAGCCCCCCAGUCCCAUCUACGCACCUACGCCAUCUACGCAGCUACGCACCAUCCCCAGCAGAAUGGUUUGCUGGCGUCGUCGGGCACUUAAGUCCACCUCCAAAGCACUUGGCUGCAGAAACAACCUGGACCAGAUGCUGUUGGAUAUCCGCAGCAUUAAGAGAUCUAAAGACCAGGAGACGGUGCUGCUCUCCUGCAUAGACGACGACUUGAGGAAAGCUGAGUAUGGGGAGGACGAGGAGGCCUAUUAUGGGGCCAUCCCGUCUGAUCAGCAGGAAUUCGUGCAGCGGUUCCCGGUGGUGUCCAGCAGCAUCAAGGAUGUCCACCCUGGAGAGGUGGUGUUCGACCUGGACACUUGUGGACGCCUCUUCAGCCAGCACACACUGCAACUCAGACACUGCAAGAGCGACCCUCAGGGAACCACGCAGAAGACCCUUCUCUGGUCAAGCCCCGCUCAGCUGAAUUUACAUAUCCGCAUCGGCAUGUUUCAGGACGCAUUCGACUUCUCCCCCUGCCCGCCAAAGGUCACACGAUUCCUGUUCAAGAUGAUGUCCGUUCACACUGAGAGAAUGAUCUCUGAUAAGAUCCUCCAAGCCCUUUGUGUAAUUGCACGCUCUGCUGCUAACCACAUUGUGAAGAGCGGUAGCCAGAAAUUCGAAGUGUGGGUGCCCAGUGUGGCAGAUGUGACGCUGGUCCUGCUAAAUAUGGGUGCUUCAUUUGUCACCCUAUUCCCGUUGGAGAUGCUUCAACCUCCCUUCAGUGAAGGAGAUUUGCUGGCGGACAAAGAUAUCAGCAGUGGAAGUCCAUCCGACCCCAAGAAACGGAGCACUUUCCCCAAGCACAACUACAGCAACGUUUUCAAGUACCUGUCGUACUGCAUGGACCUGUGCCCGCGGGCCUUCAGUGACCCCGAGCUGCUGCUGCUCCUGGCUGUGAGCUGCCGGCUCGGUCUGGAGGUUCACUUCGCCCUGGAGCCCCACAUCGACCUGCGCUGCCUGCAGCGGCACAUCCUCAGCAACGUCCGGGACUGGGAGAACAUGCUACCCAGAAUGUGUCUGGCAGUCACUGAGUUGACGGCCGACCACCAUAACAUGUGCUGCCUGGUCCAGCUGUUGCCCGAUCACGCGCGGGGAAAGCAGCUCCGCAGACACUUAAGUGUCUGCAUGAUUUCCAAACUGUUGGAUGGAAGUUGCACCUACAAGCCAUCUGUAAAAGAGUUUCAGCUGUCCUACCUGCUGCCCUACCUAUCCCGUAUGAAGCCCUCCAGCCUCCGCAGCCGCAUGCUCUCCGACAUGGACACGAUAGACCAACAGACCUACUACCUCUGCUACAGCCUGCUGACAUUGUUCAGUCAAGCAUCCAAUUAUUCGCUUUUCCAACCUUCGCAAAAGGAGCAGCUCCUGGAGCUGUGCUAUGAACUGGACCGCCACAUCAAGCGUGACAUGAAUGAGAAUGACAAGUGUCUGUACCGGAACAGGGUGAAUGACCUUGUGGCCAGGAUCUACACCACGUGGUUGAAGCUCAUUCAAAGGAUCCGACCGCUCAACGACCAGCUGUUUGACUUCUGGAAGCCGUCCCCCCAGGAAAUGCUGAGCAGCAGCAGCGUUGAAACAAAAGAGAUGUCCGAGGAGGAGGAGGAGGAGGAGGAGGGCAGCGAUGCCCCGGACCAACCAGGGCUCUCGAUAGACAGGGAGGAGGAGGUGGAUGAAGACAUGGAUGAAGGGGAGCCCACUGGUGCCAUGGAAAACGACAAAGAACCGGAGCAGAUGAAGGGACCAGCGGGAGGAGAGGUGUUCACAGCAGUCGUAAUGGAGCAUUCUUAGGGAAAAAAAAAAGUGAUUUUGUUUUUAGGUGAGGUUCUAGUGAACAUUCGGUUGGCACGAGACACUUUGCUCCCACAACUGCCGGCCCAGUGGCACUGAACACAGGAAUCUCUGUGUUCAGGGUUUUAUCAAUAAUAAUUGCCUUAAUCUGUUUUCUAUUUGCACUACAGUUUGUAUUUGAAAUCAUUUUCAGUGGUUGUUCGUAUGUGCACUUUUGACAUUAUUCCAAAUCUUUGUACAUUUUAUAGUUUUUUUAUGCAUUUAAUAAGAUACUCUUUGGGUAUGUCUUGUUAUGGAAGUUUUGAUUAAAAUGUACAAUAUCAUGUUGACCGAUGUGUAGUUUGGCUUUAUUGACAAGCGAGUAUGGAACCUCUCAGAUUAAAGUUUCAGGUUUGUCUUUUUUAAAACAGUCAAGAGUGUGAGUGAUUUUAAAAUUUCAAAUGACUUAUUAGACAACAGUAUUCUGGACGUUCAUGAUUUUCUCAUACAUUGUGACUCUUGAUGGUGUGACAUGCAGGAUGAUCCUACACUUAUCUCACUUGCAUGUUUUAACUAAUGGUUUUGCUCAGUCCUGUACCUCUUGAAGGACGGCUCAUCGCCUGCUUGUUUUACACCUGGUAAUCAAUUAAAUGUACUUUUUAAUUCAAUCAACCUCUUUAAAAACACUAGAAACAGUAAAAAUGAGGAGAAAAGGAGACAAACCGUACGGAUGGUGUUCAAAUUGAGUAUACUGUUCGACCAGAGAUUUAACAGCAGUGACAAAUCUGAGGAAGGGUGUGUGGGCAGAGAGUGGAGGUGAGGUUGAAGAAGUUAUGAUGGUGAUAUGGUAGCAGGAUGGUGAUCGUGUUAUUGACUAAACUGACAGUUAAUUGCAUAGGCCUGUGACAUCUCUCACUUUUUAAAACUAGCAAAUAUUGUCUAAAAGAACCCGGUAACCAUGAAUCAGGUGACAGGUUACUGGCCUAACCCUUCCACUUACCCUUCAAUAACUGAUAGGCCUAUUUCUGUUAGACGGGAUCUCAUCCAC